AGUUGUCACUCUACACUUUUUCCUAUCUCUAUAUUUUUUGCUCUCUCUCUCUCUCUCUCUCUCUGCGCGUCUUUUCAGGCUGGCGGCAAAGAUGUUGUCCGUGCUGCCCAAAGUGGAGAAGCUGUCGGCGCGGGUCAUCCGCGUCCUGGGCUGUAAUCCCGGGCCUAUGACGCUCCAGGGGACCAACACCUACUUGGUGGGAACCGGGCCCAGGAGGAUCCUAAUAGAUACUGGAGAGCCAUGUAUCCCUGAAUAUAUAAGCUGUUUGAAACAAACGCUCCAUGAAUUCAACAUUUCCAUACAGGAAAUUUUAAUAACUCAUUGGCAUCAUGAUCACACUGGAGGUAUAUCCAAGAUUUGUGAAAAUAUUCCAGCCAGUUAUGAGUAUUGCAUAAGUAAGCUUCCACGUAACCCACAUCAAGAAGAAGUAAUAGAAGGAAAGAAGAAGUAUGUGUAUUUAAGAGAUGGAGAUGUUUUAAAUACAGAGGGAGCUUCUCUCAGGGUAUUAUAUACGCCAGGGCAUACUGAUGACCACAUGGCUUUACAUUUGCUAGAAGAAAAUGCAAUAUUUUCUGGUGAUUGUAUUUUAGGAGAAGGAACAACUGUGUUUGAAGACCUUUAUGACUACAUGAAGUCAUUGGAAAAACUUCUGGGAAUCAAAGCUGAUUUAAUAUACCCAGGACAUGGACCAGUAAUAAAAGAAGCAAGAGCUAAAAUUCAAGAAUAUAUUUUACACAGAAAUGCACGUGAGCAGCAAAUCCUACACAUCCUGGAUGAGAAUGCUGGGAAAUCUCUCACAGCAGAGGAACUUGUGAAAAUUGUUUACAAGGACACACCUGUCCAUUUGCAUCCAGCUGCAGAAAUCAAUCUCAAACAUCACCUGAAGAAGCUAAAAAAAGAAGGGAAAGUUGUAUAUGAAAAUUCUCCUAACUUCAAGUGGAAAAGUGUUUUAUAAAUAUGGCAUAUACACAGUUUGACAAACGUGCCCUUCUAUUUUCUGAACUUAAAUGGACUAAAAAAUUUAAUAUCAAAAUUACAUGUAAAGCAGAUGCACAAAUGGACCUGUAUUUUGUUAUUAAUCUGAUUAAAUAAUAAUUUGUCGAUUGAAAGAAUCAUUCGGGGUGGAACAAGUGGAUUAUUUAUUUCAAAGCAAAAUAUUCAAAAUUUGCUUUGGAUACUUGAAUAUUUUGUAAAGAAGUUUGGUUCAAGGAAUGUUAUUAUUAAUUAAAUUUGUAUGCAGCCUGACUCUUAGCCGUAUGAGGGUUUCAGAUUAUUUAAACAUUGUAAAUUCAUUACCAUUAUAUUAAUUGUAUAAUAAAUAUAAUAACUAAG